CAGGACGACGGACGGACGGCGGCGACGGCCCAUUACCCCACGGCCCAUAGCCCGGCCCACAGCCCACAGACCAGGGCCCAUAGCCCAGCAUGUUGUGUGUCGGCCCGUGAGCGGCGCAGCCAGGCACAGUGACCCACUCACACCCCCCCACCCACACCCCGCAGCAACGGCAACCGCUCUCCCUCGUCUCACUAACCAACCUCCCGGGACCCGCGUCCCCCCUCAUGGGGCGGAACAAAGUGCGCUCGGGCGGAGCGUGACUCCCCAACAUGGCGGAGGAGGAGGACAGCGGCCUGGCGGCCGGGGAGAGGGCUGAGGGCGGCCUGGUAGCCGUGGAGGAGGUUGCCGAGUGCGGCCGGCCGCAUGGUGCCGACCCCUUGCCCCCGCCGGGCCGGGCAGCCACAGCCACAGCCUCGCCCCGCUCGGUGCUGCCCGACUUUGUGCGGGUGGCCGUGGAGGACGGCGCCGCUCGGGUGGUCGGUGGCGGCCUCUUCAACGCCGGCGGCCUCUUGACCUCGAUGGCCGAAGCCGAGCCCGAGCCCCCCGGAGCCGCGGGCGACUUCGCCGUGGCCCAGGAGCUGGACGGCAUCUCCAUCGAGACCGAGCACCAUCCCAGCACCAUCAUCUACGUGCAGCCCGACGGCACCUUGGUGGAAGGGACCGGCCUGAGCCCCGAGGAGCAGCAGCAACUGGUCGAGCAGUUGGCCAAGCAGCAAGGGCUGGUGGAAGUCAGCGAAAGCGAAGCGGCCCAGAUGUUCGGCAGCCACCAGCAACACCAUCAACAUCACACACAGUUUGUGCAGCAUGUGGCGCUCACCGAUGAACUGCAGCAAGUCAUCGCUCACGUUACUAAAUCCCAGCAACAUGCCGCACAGUUCGGCAAAACCGCCGCCGUCCAACUCACUUCUGCAUCCCUUGGAAAUCAGGUUCUACAGAAAACCAGCUUGACACCGUGCAUUUCCACCGAAACGCGAAUGCUUGCAACGGAUCGAAGUCGGAUGAUACAAGUCCCUGUGUGUAAUGCUUUGAUGCCGCAGGUACAGACGGGUGUUCAACCAAGUCAGGUUGUCCAUAGGAUUGAUUCGUGUAACCCGGUUCAAGUUCAGCAAAUAUGUAUCUCCACUCAGUCUUCUACAGUCAACCAACCCAGCCAGCCUAAGAUUCUAACGGCACUUUCACAGCAGCAGCAUGCCUAUACUCAGCCGUUGACAAUCGUUCAAAAUGCAGCGCGACAGUUGCAGAACGCUGCUCAUCAGGCUGUCCUUCAUCAGAAUUUACACCAAAGCAUUGCACAUGUACAGCAUAAGAUGGCUCCAUUGCGUGUAACAUCUUCAACACAGCAUCAACUAGAUACUGUUCAAGUUCACUUACAAGCAGUUUCAGCCCAGGAGGAGAAAGACAGGCCUAUGCCACCUCUUGCAGUAGUGCAACCCAAAACCGCAGCAUCCAGUCUGAUGGCUAACCAAAGAACUGUGUCAGGGGGUAUUAAUAUUUCUGGACCUCAGAUCAUUAGGAUACAACCUCUUUCAACAAGUGGUUCACAACAAUAUAUUUUGCACAGCACUUCAGAACCUCCAAUUCAACUACUUGUUCAGCGGCAGCCCCCGCCACUUGCACCUGUAAACUCUAUACGUACGAUUCCUGGGAUAACCAUCAGCGGCCAGUCUGGCCUUUCCACUGGGACUGUAACUACCAACAUAUCUACUACUACAACAGCAGUGGUAAAUUUGGUUGCCACUAGCCAUGCCAAGAAACAUGAGAGUAGUGAUAAAUCAAAGGAAAAAAAGCCAGUGAAGAUCAAAACUCGAUCCGGCCGUAUAUCGCGACCACCAAAAUACAAAGUUAAAGACUACAAGUUCAUAAAAACAGAAGAUUUAGCAGAGGGCCAUCAGUCUGAUUCAGAUGACUAUUCUGAAUACAGUUUGGAAGAAGAAGAAGUGAAAACAAAAAUGGAUGAUUUAAGCCUUUCAAUGCCUUGUUCUUUCAAACCCAAAAAGUUUAAGUGUGACACCUGUGAAAAGUCUUAUAUCGGAAGGGGAGGAUUAGCACGACAUUAUAGACUCAACCCAUCGCACGGGCAGCUGGCUUCUGUCUCUGAGGAGCAGAGAACUUCUGUGAACAAAUCCAAUGGCAAUGUGAUUGGUGGGGACAGUGGAGGAGGUGGUGACACAAAUGGCACAAUAACUGAUGGGCUAGUGACGCCAUCCAUAAAUAUUGACACUACAUCUUUGAUGGUGGGAAGUACAGAUUCAUCUUCCCAAGACAUCCAACAGACUGGAAAAGUGACAUUAGCACAGCAUUUCCCUGCACGCCGGCGAACUGUAAGGCGAGGCCGACCCCCUAAACAUCACAACAAUACUCACCAUCAAGACCAAGUCAUCAAAAGGAAAGCAAGGCUAAAAGAGCUCCUGAAACAGUGUGACGAUGAGGAACUGAUGGAAUUAGCUCUUCCCAGACUUACUAAAGUCAUCACACUCUGGGAAUUUCUGUUGAUGAAGGUGGAAAAAGGACGUCCCGCCAGACCACAGUUUCAAGAUGUAUAUAGAGAGUUUGAAAUGCUGCAUAAACAUGUGAAGAAAAUGGCUGAAGAGCACUUAAGUAAUUCCAUUCGAAUGCUAAAUCCUCAACAGCCCUUACAGAUUUCUAGUCUGCAGGUUGCCGAGUCGCUGGGAAUAACUGAGCACAUGAAUAAAGAAAAUCAGCAAGAUGCGAGCAUGGCCCUGACCUACAAACUAGUGACUGCGGAUGACCAAAACCAUAACAAUUCACCGGCAGAGAAACACGUCAUGGAGCAAGAUUUUGGACCGUUAUCCCCUUUGUCAAAACGAAUGAAGAUCGAUGACUCGAUAGCAGGAACCGAAAAUAACUUGAACCAAAAUGGGAUAGAAAUAACUGGUGAAGUACAUUUUGAAAGCUUAACUAAUGCAACAGCAGACAAGAAACAAAGCGAUUGCCCCGCGCUGAAUGCUUGCGAUUUACAUACGGUGUAUGGAGCACCGUCUGGUCAGGUAGAAGAAGAUAACCAUACGGAUGCAUUGUUGCUUUCUGGGCAUAUUAAAAGUUCUAGUUCCAUAGAACAAUCUGCUCCUGAGGAUUUGUGUUAUCAGGUAACUCAAGUAAACCUGUCAAGUACUGAGCUUCCUCUGCUGGAGCCCAACAACGAAGACCUGAAUAACACUAUUCAGGGAGAUGAUUUUUUAGCUAUGGAUACAGAUAUUACAGCAGAGGAAUUGGUUCAAGAACAAUUAUCUAGUCAAAAUAUUUCAGAGCAGCUGAAUGAUACUGAGCUAAAUUCCACUGUGGAUGAAAUGACAAAUCAGACUUCACUUGUUUCGGAGAUGGCUAAGGUCAGUGAAAAAGGUUCUGAAGUAAGCAACUCUGUUCAGGAUUUACAGCAUAACAUGGACAUCCAGGAUCCACUUGGCAAUCAGGAACAAGGUGAGCAGCUCAAUGAUUCUGACAUCGCCGACCAGAUGCAGCAGCUGGAGAAGGCUUUGUCUCGAGAUGUGGAGCCCAUAGGCCAAGUUUGUCACAAUAGUCAUUUACAGCAUCACCAGACUGAACAGACCUUUGAAACUGACAUCUCCCAUCAAGUAGUUGUGGAGAGUCGGGUAUCCACUGAGGAGAUGAACGGGUUGGAAGUAGAUGGGCAAAGUAAAAUAAUAGGUCACUUUGAAGACCAGAGUAUGGAUCAAAGAAGUCAGGAAAGUUCAGAAGACAUUUUAGAAACUACAGUGACAGAAGAUGGAGCAUUGGAAUUCCAGCUGCCUGUUGGCAGUCAGGAGUUAUUGGCACAAGGACAUGAACAGAUCUUCAUUCAAACGUCUGAGGGUCUAAUUGUGUCACAUGAAGGGACAGCGGUUGUGUCUCAGACCUCUGAAGGCAUUGUUAUAGUGACGAAUGCCGAUGGUACCACAAUGCACAUACGGACACCUGACGGUGUUCCCUUUGAAACUGUAGAAGCACUUCUGGCAAUGGAUGCUGAAGGGCAAAGUGAAGGCUUGAUAGUCACACAAACACAUACUGAAGUGGAACAAUGACCUCAAUGCCCUGAUUUCCUUCUCUUAAUACAGUAGCAAAAACUAAAAGGGUUUUUCUCUUCUUCAAUAAACUGCUUCAAGACAAAAAUAAGGUGGUUCAUUUUUGUGAAAGAAACUCGACUGUUUCCUGUUACAUUAUUGUGAACAUUUAUUACUUGAUGUAUUUUGUGUUAAACUUUAUCAUCCCACAAGGUAAUGAGUCUUGUACAAAAACUGGGUAGGAGGUCUCAAGAGUGCUUUACCCUCCAUGUUGCUAUGUGCUUGGUAAGGUACCUGAAUGAAUUUCACAAACUAAAUCCAAGUUUAUUUAUUGUACUUUUGGAACAUACAUUUGACUGCAGUGGUCUGGAAAAUGUGAUGUUGCUGCACUGAUUUUGAAUGUUUUCUUAAAAUCUUUUGAUUCCUUGUUGCUUAUGCAAUAUAACUAUUUUGCCAAAAUAGUAUUUGUAUAUGUUCUACUGCCUACCUUUGAAACUGCCAUUAAAAAAUUAAUUGUACUCCCAUAAAACAUUCAUAAUAAAUAUAAUUCUGUUAGAUUAAAUGACAUUUUUGCUAAAAUUGUUAAAUAUUUGUUGUUCAUCUCCAAUGACAGGUAAAUGUGGAAUCAAUUUGUGUAGAUCACUGCUGUAAAUGAUUCAAAUCUUUAAAUUUGCAAAAAGCCUGUAAGUUUCUUGGUAAUUUCUGAUUUAAAGUAUUGGAUUUAAGUUGCAGUCUUGAUAACUAUCUCAAGUACAAAAAGGAUAUGUUUGUUUCUGACUGUUUCACUGGGCUGUAUUUCACUGCUCAUCUAAUUUGAUAAUUUAAGACAUUAGACAAACCAAGCAGCACUUAAUAAUUGGAUAACCUGUGUACGAAGUUCAAAAGAACCAUAACAAAAUAAAUUGCUGAAUAUUCGUUUUUUGAGCUACCAAAAUUGUGUGGCAGCAAUGCAUUUUGGGCUAUAGAUUUGAGUUUUUCUCUCAUUAUAUCUUCAAUUCCAAACAUAUUGCAAGUGUGUGGAGUUUGCUACUUUAAGCUAAAUUAUUUUGUAUUUCAAUCACUUUAAUUUCCCCUCUUCACCCAUUGCUGUUGCCAUCAUUGUUUUGUGCCAACACGAGAGUCUUCAGUCACUGGGUUUACAAUGUUAUAUCCAAAAGCAUAAAUUGACGAUCAGAGAUGGAUCUGAGAUGGCUAGCUUGCAGGCAGUAAAAUGGAACCUUUGACAACAAAAAUUAAACUGAGUCCUUUAUUUAAUCUUAGUCAUGAGCUUUAAAUAGGCCACUUUCCUUGUGCAGCAUGUUUGCAAUUGUGCCUAGUACACAGUUCCUUUUUUUCCCUCCUACAACUGGGUAUGAGUCUUGCAUCUGAUGUGAAACACACUGUCCUUUUGUAGAACUUUGCAAGAAUGUGAAAAUGGGAGAGUUACAUUGCUACGCUCUGUAUAUACCUGCGGUAGGCUGUUCAUUUAAUGUGUAUUCAAGCAGAUGUGCAUGUUAGUAAUUCCCAGUUUUAUUAGUGUACAACAAAUCUCUAUCAAAGACCUGUAAUUUGACUAUUGUAAAUAAUGAAACUAUUUAAAGAUUGAAAAUAGCAGAAAAUGGAAUUUAUUUUCUAUUUUUAAUUAUAAUAUACAAAGUAUUUUGUAAUGUCUUUGACGUAAAAUACAUUGUAAUCUUGACAGACAGAUUUGUUGCCUUAAUUAAUUUGGUGGGGUGUCAUCAGUAAAUUGGAUGGUGGUUGUAGUCACCUGACUAUUUGAAGGGAUAAUCACAUUUGAUAUUUCAAAGGUAAUUACAAAAUGGAAUAGCUCUGUGUCAAGGAUCAGCUAUGUAACAGGCCUGGGAAACAAGUCUGGUUUGUAUUAUGCACCACUGUUACAAAUAUUUGCUGUAGAAUUGAAUGCAGACCAUUAGUGUUUUUGGUUGGUGACAUGGGUCUAUAUUUUUGAAAAGCUGCCUUUAUUUUAAGCCGAUAACUACCAUCAAGCUCCGUUAAAUAUUAGCAAUAUAUGGAAGGUUUUUUGUUUUUUUAAAGUCAUUUUUAUUUUGCAGUUUUGGUAUUUGUUUUUCCAUCGCUUGAGUGUGCAGGACAAAUCAUUAACAAUCUUUCAGGACCAUUGUUUAGUAAUUUGAACAAAAUUAUUUUUUUCAGCAUAAGUAUUUCAACAAUUUCUUAAAGGAAAUAAAUAAAUAUAUUUUUCUUUG